GCCUGGGGCCCGGGCCCGCCCUUGCGAAGAGGCGGGCCCAGACGAGGCAGGGGGCUCUCUCGGCCCCAAUGGGCCGCCCUCUUCAACUCCGCCUCUUCUUCAUGCUGCGGGUGCACGGCCCAUAAAGGGCGCCUUUCAGAUUUGAUCCAGAAAUCUUUGAAAUGAAGCAAUUGCCAGCGGAAACUGUCCGAAUUCUUUCAAGCUCACAGGUCAUCACAUCCGUUGUCAGUGUGGUCAAAGAACUGAUAGAGAAUUCUUUAGAUGCUAAUGCAACAAAUGUUGAUGUUAAGUUGGAAAACUAUGGUUUUGAUAAGAUUGAAGUCCGAGAUAAUGGUGAUGGAAUCAGGGCAGCUGAUGUCCCUGUCAUGGCAGUGAAACACUACACUUCAAAAAUCAGUUCUUCUCAAGAUCUUGAAAGCUUGACAUCAUACGGCUUUCGUGGUGAAGCUUUGGCCUCAAUUUGUUCCACAUCAGAGGUUCUGAUCACAACAAAGACAGCGAAUGAGGAUUUUAGUACCCAAUAUGCUUUGGAUAGAAGUGGUCACAUAAUUUCUCAAAAGCCAUCUCAUCUUGGUCAAGGUACAACUGUCACAGUUCUGAAGUUGUUCAAGAAUCUGCCUGUAAGAAAGCAGUUUUAUUCAACAGAUAAAAAAUGCAAGGAAGAAAUGAAAAAAAUUCAGAAACUUCUGAUGGCGUACGGCAUUAUAAAACCAGAACUGAGGAUCAUGUUUACACAUAACAAGACAGUAAUGUGGCAGAAGACCAGGGCAUUGGAUCACAAAACGGCUUUCAUGGCAGUAGUGGGAGCUGCCAUUAUGGACAACAUGGUAUCAUUUCAACGCCAUUGUAAAGAUAUUGAGGUUCUUUUCAGUGGCUUCCUUCCAAAGCCUGAUUCAGGUGGUGGUUUGACAAGUCAUCCAAGUUCAGAAAGAAGCUUCAUUUUUGUAAACAAUCGGCCAGUGUAUCUAAAGGAAAUUCUCAAGCUGGUUCAACAGUACUAUAAACUGAAGUUUCAAAUGGAUUCUAAUCGUUCAUAUCCUGUUUUCUUAAUCAACAUUAUUAUUCCUCCAUCUGCUGUGGAUGUCAAUUUAACACCAGAUAAAUCUCAAGUAUUGCUACAUAACCAGGAAUCCAUCUGCCUUGCUAUUGACGAUAUCUUGACUUCCCUAUAUGGACCUCUAACUGAGGUUGAUUCUUGUCCAACCGAAAAGACAGAUACUAUUUUAGAAGAUUCUUUCAUUAAUGAAGCAGAACAAACAACAAUGUGUGCGAACCAAAUUGGAUCUUGUAGAAAUACGAAGCAACAAGCUCGUAUGCCAUUGUUUUCAUCUCGUAGCAAUGGGAAAAACAGUGGAAGAGAAAAAUACCCAGAGCUCCAUUUGAAUAAUCAAACAUUGUGUAAUGAUACAUCUCAAGGUUUGACUUCUGAAGUAGAUACAUCUAGCAGCAAGAGAAUUGGAUAUGACAUAUUUCAGGGUGCCACAGUAGAAUUGUGUGAAGACCAACAGAACAAAUCUAAAGGACUAUUUAGUCCAGACAACAAUAUCUUCAUGGACACUAAUUUUGAAACCAGCAUUGAAGGUGAUCUAAUGAAUGACCAUUUCCAGGAACCAGAUAAAACAGAAGAACCCAUCAUGCCAAAAGAGUCUUCUGAAAUCACUGCUGAUCAGUGGAGUUUGGGGAAUGCACUGAGGAACUCCAGAGGAGAAAAUCUGGAGCCUGUUCAGAUUUUAAUUCCUGGAGGAGGAGGAGGAGGAGGAGGAGGAGGAGGAAGAGGAGGAGGAGGAGGAGGAGUAAAACCUCAAGAGAAAAAUGAUGGAGAAACCCAACAAAAUCUUCACAAGGAAAACAACAACCAAACUAUAAAAAGAACAAAUGUGGUAAAUGAGAAAGUGGGACAAAUCACAGCUUAUGAUAUAAUUAGCAAUCAGAUAAUAAAGAAACCAAUGACCGCAUUUGCCCUUUUUACUCAAGAGCAUCGCUCUGGAUUGUCGACUGAAAAUACCAAAGCAAGUGCAGAAGAACUCACAUUGAAAAUGGAAGAAAUGUGGAAGGCAUUGAACAAAGAAGAGAAAAAGAAGUAUGAAGAAAAAGCUGCCAGAGACUUGGAUCGAUACAAAAAGCAAAGCAGAAAAGCUAUGGAUCAAAGCACGAAGAGAUUGUCAACAGAUAAGGAGAAAAAACAUAAAGCCAGAUUGAAAGACUGUUUGUCUAACCAACCAAAACUUGACAAGCUUUUUCAUUCUCAAAUGGAAAAGAAACACAGUAGUUGCCAAGCAAUAAAAAUUGUGAAGGUGCCCUUCUCUAUGGAUUCAUUCAGACGGAAACUGCACAUUCUUGGGCAGAAAGAAUCUGAUAAAGAUGAACCUUGCCUAAUUCAUCUUCUGAAUUUUCCGGAUGCAUGGAUAAUGGCCUCUGAGAAAAAAAUAAUGAUGCUGAAUCCAUACAGAAUAGAAGAAGCCCUUCUGUUUAAAAAACUUCUUGAAAGCCAUAAGCUUCCGAUAGAGAAGUUGGACAAACCAGUUGUAUUAACUGACAGUCUUCUUAGGGAGUCUCAAUAUAUGGAUGUUCUUUGCAAGAUGCCCAAAGAAAGUGUACGAUUUGAUGGGUCUUCAUAUCUGUUGGAUUCAAGACUUAUAGCAAAUGGAUUCAAGAUAAAGAUAAUACCAGGUUCUGAAGCUUCAGAAAAUCAGCUGGAAAUAGAAGGAAUGGCCAAUUGUGUUCCAUACUAUGGCAUAUCAGAUCUGAAAGAAAUUCUCAAUGCUGUGAUAAAUGAUAAUGCAAAAGAAGUAUAUGAAUGUAGACCUCUUAAAGUGGUAAACUACCUGGAGGGAGAAGCAGUGCGGCUUUCUCGGCAGCUACCAUUGUAUUUAUCAAAGGAAGAUGUUCAGGACACUGUCUAUAGAAUGAAACAGCAACUUGGAAAUCAAGAUAAAAGCUGUGUUCAUGGCCGGCCUCUAGUUCAUUGUUUAACAGAUAUUCCACAGAGCGAGUAGCAAGGAAAUAUUUCAUUUGAAAUCCUAUUUCAUAUUUUUAUACAAAAUAAAAUGUAAAUUUUGCUGUUUUGUAAGAAGAACAUGAGCACUGAAUUCAUGCAUUGUUUUGUAUUGUAUUUUCAGAUAAUUAUUUAUUUAAAAUGCAAAUAUGUUGAAAACUGGAUUUCUUUUCAAACAGAACAACUAAAGGUGGGAUUAACUCCCCACAUUUAUUCGUUUACAAUGUUUCGUGAAGCAAAGUCUGUAAAGGCAAUGCCAUUCCUAUAGUUAAAAACAAAAGCAAAGAAGAGGGGAUUUGAUUUUUAAUAGCAAUAAUAGACAAGGAUCAGAAUAAAAACUCAUUUCCAAAGCAAAAAGUACAAUAUUUUCAACAAGGUCUUGAUUGUGCAGAUGUUAUAAACAAUUAAUACAGAUGUAUUUGUAGAAACCACUUGUGGACACAGAUCGUGUUGCUGGCAGUGUAUAGACGAUAUGUAAAAGAUGGGCCAUGUACACUCAUACACUUGAAACUUGAAAUCAAAUGCAUAUUCUAUGAAUGUGGGAUGUUGCAAAUUUAAUAGUAUAAUUGAGUUAUGCUUUAGCAUAGCAGAAUACUUAAAGAAUCCAGUUAUAUUUCAAAAGAUAACAGUGAGCUAUAUGAUAUGUAACUAUUUUACAUUAAAUAUACAGUAGCAAUA